AAUUGUCUUUAGAUUUUUCUAUCCUUUCUCCACAUUUGUAUAUAUAUGCAUACAGAUCCAUGCUUUAACAUAGAAAAAGCUUGAAAAACCUAAAAGAAGAAAGCUAAGACAUUAGAGUUACAUCAUGGUUAUUGCCGGCAUUGACAAUGCUAUGGAAUUCAAAACAGUUGAUAAGUGUUCAUCGAUUGGCCGGGACAAGCACACAGUGGUGGCGGACCUCGACGGAACUUUGCUUUGCGGCCGAAGUUCAUUUCCGUAUUUCGCAUCAGUUGCAUUUGAAGUUGGAGGUGUACUUCGACUACUUUUUCUUCUCCUCCUAUCUCCCAUUGCUGGUCUUCUUUAUUACUUUGUAUCGGAAUCUGCCGGUAUUAAAGUGCUAAUAUUCGCUACAAUGACGGGGAUGAAGGUAUCGGAGAUCGAGUCAGUGGCAAGGGCUGUUUUGCCGAAGUUUUAUUCCAUGGACCUCAACCCGGAGACAUGGAGAGUAUUCUCUUCCUGCGGGAAGCGGUUUGUACUCACGGCUAACCCACGGAUGAUGGUGGAACCUUUCCUCAAGGAAUAUUUGGGAGUGGACACGGUGAUCGGAACGGAGAUUGAUAGCUAUAAGGGAAAGGCCACAGGGUUUGUUACUUACCCUGGUGUGCUUGUUGGGGCUGGUAAAGCGGCAGCUCUUCGAAAAGUCUUCGGAGAUGCUUCUCCUGAGAUCGGUCUCGGUGACCGGAAAACUGACUUCGCCUUCAUGAGUCUAUGUCAGGAAGGAUAUGUGGUACCUCAAAAACAAGACUUGAAGCCGGUGAGCAGAGAGAAACUCCCGAAACCGAUCAUCUUCCAUGACGGUCGCCUAGUUCAAAAACCAACACCUUUACUUGCAUUGUUCAUCAUACUCUGGAUACCGAUAGGUUUCAUGCUUGCCUGCCUAAGAAUUGCCGCCGGCGCACUCCUCCCCAUGAACAUGGUCUACUAUGCCUUCCGAGCACUCGGUGUCCGACUCAGUGUUCAUGGCACCCCACCUCCACCCGCCAAAAAAUCUGUCGGCCAAUCAGGAGUCCUCUUUAUCUGCUCACAUCGCACCUUGCUUGAUCCAAUCAUGCUCUCUGCUGCCCUUGGCCGCCCUAUUGCUGCUGUCACUUACUCCGUAUCUCGUCUCUCGGAGAUCCUCUCCCCGAUAAAAACCGUACGGCUCACUCGUGAUCGUGCCAAAGAUGCAGCCAUGAUAAAACAACUUCUUUCCGAAGGAGAUCUAGUUAUAUGUCCGGAAGGAACCACAUGUCGAGAGCCAUUCCUCCUGAGAUUCUCGGCGCUGUUUGCCGAACUGACUGACGAAAUUGCGCCAGUGGCUAUGGCAAAUAGAAUGAGCAUGUUCCAUGGAACAACAGCCAGAGGAUGGAAAGGGAUGGACCCAUUUUAUUACUUCAUGAAUCCUAGUCCUGCAUAUGAGGUUACUUUUCUUAACAAAUUGCCAAUGGAUCUCACAUGCAGUGCAGGGAAGCCAAGUGUUGAUGUUGCUAACUACAUUCAAAGGCUUAUUGCUGCAAGCCUGUCCUAUGAGUGCACUAGUUUCACUAGGAAGGACAAGUAUAAGGCACUUGCUGGAAAUGAUGGGACUGUUGUGGAGAAGCCUAAGAGUAAGAGCAAUAAGAUCAUGGGUUGUUAGCUUGUUUAGCAGAAUCAUAUAGUUGUGUUUUAUAAUAGUGGAAGGGCCAUCAUAAGUUUGUCUUUUGGUGCAGGUCUAAUGGCUUUCGCACUGUUGGUAGAUUUGGUGUAUGAUAUAGAACUAAUAAGUGUGAGUUCCUGCCUGAUUUUAAUUGGGAAACUGGAAAUAAUGUGCUGUGGAAAAACAAUUCAUCAUUUUGUUUGCAUGAAUGUUUGUUUACCA